CUCGUAUCCAAUACUGCUGCAUACCGAUAUCAACAACUCGCUGCCAUUGAGACCGAAUUGUUCUGGUCGACAGACGUCUAUAGUCAAGAUGGUCUUCAUUCUCGGUGUCAACUUCCCUGAGCGGAACCUCGUCAAGAAAUCCCUCGAGACAUUCUUCGGAAUCGGUUCCUUCACUUCCUCCCGUCUGCUAGCACGCUUCCACAUCCAUCCAACAUGCAAAGUCCGCGACUUGGCGAAUAAGCAGGUCCUCGACCUUACAGCCGCGUUGUCAGAUAUGAAGAUCGAGAAUGACCUCCGGAGGCAGAUACUUGAUAAUAUCAAGCGAUUGAAGGAGACGGGAACGUACCGAGGAAGAAGACAUGCGUUGGGCUUGCCUGUGAGGGGACAGAGGACAAGAACUCAAAUCAAAACGGCCAUCAAACUCAACCGGAUGGAGAGGAAACUUUAAGCUCAUGUCUUCGGUGUUACUUUUCGUUGGGAAUCAUAUCCUUGCAACUUAUCUUGUUGGGGGCAUGGGAAGGCGUUAUUUUCUCUUGCUUGAUUUUUAUGGAUAGCCCAGCUGCGAUGUAUGUAUUAUAUGUAUAGAUAAAUGAGGAUGGAAAUAACCUGAUAUCAAUAGUUCUUCUCUCAGGCCUUAGGUCAAGAUAGGCACUUUUACAAUAUGCACAU